GGCUGGGGGCGGCUGCCGACCCGGGACGAGUGCCGUGGAGCUGUGCCCCUGUGCCUGCUGUCAGCGGCGGGCUGCCCAGCAGCGGUGUGGACUCACCCAGGAGGUGGCGUGGGUGCACGGGUGCCCUGGGGCAAGUCCCGUCCCCUUGGCCGUGCCCCAGGUAGCCGGGCAAGGACCUUGUCCUACCCGCAAGGGGGUGGUGGGGACCGCAGGGCUGAGCCUCGCGUGUCCUUUGAGGGGACAGCUCAACCUGCAGCAGCCCUGGGAGACUCAGUGCUGGCGCCUGCAGAUCAGGCCCGACAUGGUGUGGGGUCACCGCAGCCCCCCCAGCCCUACCUGAGCCCUGUGUCCAAAAAGUCGGCCCCCACGAGCAUGUCAAAGCCAGGGCUGGGCCAUCCCCGGGCAGCUGCACACUGCAAUUACGGGGUGCCCUGCACAGCCUCCCACCGGCACUGCCCGCAGGGGCUGGGGGGCUGCACCCUCUCCGUCAGUCCCUGGCUGCCCCCUCCCUGUGCAGCUCCAGCCCCGCUGCCCGCCGGGUCUGGGCUGCUCCCAGUUUGCAAAUGGCUCCGCAAACAUCCCAGCUGCUGGGGCGAGAGGCUGGGGGGAGCCGUCCCUCCAGCACAUCCCUGGACGCCAGAGGCAUCCCAGCUCCCGUUGCUGCGGCUCAGGGGGGGCUGCGUCCACCAUGGGAGGGUGAGGAGGGUGAGGGGGGGCAUGCCGGUCCUGCAGCGCUCUGAACCCCCUCAUCUCUCCCCGGCAUUUGCUCUUCUUUCAUCCUGCUCUUUCAAGCUGCCUGGAAUGUUUUCAGGAUGUUUUGACUUGCAGUCCCGGGGCUUCAGCAGCCGCUGGAUUUAAAUCUCCCAACUGCUCCUGGAGAGCAUCCAGCCCCGACAGGAAAAAACAGAGUCCCUUCAGCAAGACCGGAGAUGCCCGUGCAUACGUGCGUGCUGCCUGGCCGCCGUGCCUGCGGGGCGCGGGGGGGAGACGCCUGCUGGGGGUGCUGGGGAGCCCCGCGUGCUGCAGGCAGCGCCACGUGCGCAGAGCGCGCUCGCCUCCAUUUGCAGCCCUGCAGCAGCCCGCAAGCAGCCGGCCUUUCCCAGGGGGAACAUCCUGGCUAAGGAUUUCUCCUCCCCGCUGAGCAAAGCUGUGUGCUCCCUGGGGCUGAGCCUGCUGCAGGUUCCCGGGAAUCGUCUGGCUCAACGGGAGGCCUGAGCACCGUGGUCCUGGGGCGGGGAGAAAGCCAGGGGCUCCCCGGCAGCGGGCUGCCAUCGCCGGCAUAUGGCUGGCACAGCUGGAGGCCCGGCGGGGCUCAGGGAGCCGGGGCUGCUGCUCCCCGGCUGCUGCCUGCUCACGAGCCCCAGGCUGGGGCUGCUCCUCGCUGCUUCUCCCUGCACGUGAGGCCGUGCGUGGGCAGGCGGCAGGCACGGGGAGGGAGGACACGGCGCCAGGCUGCCCAUGGUGCCGCCAGCCCUGCCUCCUGGCAGCGGGAUGUGAGCCAAGGGCGCUGCUGCAGCAUGAAGGGGCUCGGGGUGCUCGGUGUCCUGCUGCUCUCCUGCCUGUCACUGCCCUCCCCUGCGGGCAGCCAGACCAGCCCCAGCCCCAACCCCAGCCCCAGCCCCGGCCCUGAUGGGCGCUCCAUGGACCCCGAGGAGGCUCCGUCCCAGCACCACGCUGCCAGGCCCCCAUGGGAGCAGAAGGCUGGCGGUGCCCAGGAGGGGCUGCCCCCCCGGCCCCGCUGCGUUCGCUGCUGUGAGCCGCCCGAGCAGCGCUUCUCCUACCCCCAGUACCAGCCCCAGAUCAAUAUGACCAUCCUGAAAGGUGAGAAGGGAGACCGAGGCGAGCGGGGCAUGCAGGGGAAGUACGGCAAGAUGGGGGUGGCCGGCAGCAGGGGCCACACGGGGCCCAAGGGACAGAAGGGCAGCGUGGGCGCCCCGGGGGAGCGCUGCAAGAGCCACUACGCUGCCUUCUCGGUGGGCCGCAAGAAACCCCUGCACAGCAAUGACUACUACCAGACCCUGAUCUUCGACACGGAGUUUGUCAACCUCUACGAGCACUUCAACAUGUUCACGGGCAAGUUCUACUGCUACGUCCCCGGCAUCUACUACUUCAGCCUGAACGUGCACACCUGGAACCAGAAGGAGACCUACCUGCACAUCAUGCGCAACGGGGCGGAGGUGGUGAUCCUCUACGCCCAGGUGAGCGACCGCAGCAUCAUGCAGAGCCAGAGCGUCAUGCUGGAGCUGCAGGAGCAGGACGAGGUCUGGGUGCGGCUCUACAAGGGCGAGCGCGAGAACGCAGUUUUCAGCGACGAAUACGACACCUACAUCACCUUCAGCGGCCACCUCAUCAAGUACAGCGGGGACCCCUGAGCGCCUGCUGCGCCCUGCUCCCCUCCCCUGGGGCGUGGGGACCCCCCAGCCCCCCGCGUGCCGCUCUGCAUUAAGUUGUUAGCCCUCCUACGUGCCACUACCCCAGCAGCUGUGUGAAUACCCCCCGCUCCUUCCGAGGCCGAGCAGAUGCACCCAGAGGAGACAGAGACACUUCCAGCCUCCGCUGCGUGCGUGCCCUGGGAGGUGGCUGCUGGCCUGGGGCGGGCAGGGACCACAGCCCCUCCUGUGCCUGCUGCAGAGCUGGCUUUGCUGGGGCACAGAUUCGUGCGGCUCUGGCCGUGAGCUGGCACCAGCCAAAAGGGUUUGGCCACCAGUGCUGUGUGCGAGGGCACCUCCAUCGCCCAGCUCUCAGUGACGUGCUCUACAGGCCUUGUUCCUAGAAACGGGCAGGGGGUUCUCAGUGCCCCACAGGAAAGAUAAGGGCGAGCAAUGAUAACAGCACUAACGGCCACUCUCCUUCCGCAGCACUGGGCCCCAGCGAGGAGGAGGCCGCAGGGCAGCGCUGGGGUGUCCCCGGGCUGGCAGCUCCCCUGUGUGCACCCAGCGGGGAGGGGGCUGCAGCCAUCCCCUUGCUGGUGCCCUCCUUGCCCCCGUGUUGCAGCCUCUUCUCAUGCUCCACACCUGCUGAGGUGGGGGCUGGCUCCCGGCCUUCAGCCUCAGCUGCUCCUCUUCGGUUAGGCUAUGUGCUGGCCAGGCUUUUUGUUUUCCUACACGCAGCAGCAGAGCAGGGCCUGGGGCAGCGUGCUGAACCCCACUCCCUGUACGGCUUGAGAUCACAUUAAACACCCCCGGGUCAGGUCCCUGCUCACA